GGGAGCUACAGGCUAGAAGAGAAGAAGUCUAGUGUGGAAAGCAUGUGAUAGAGAUUUUGUUUUGUGCGUGUUUUCGCGGGAUUUACAGCAGGAAAGAGACAGAGGUCUGGCCAAUACCCAGCCAACAGAGAGUAGCACCAGUUUUAGGCAUUUUCCUUUCUGAAAAUGGGAAAGAAGCUCGACCUUUCCAGGUUAACAGAUGAAGAAGUCAAACAUGUUUGGGAAGUAGUUCAGCGGGACUUUGAUCUGCGCAAAAAAGAGGAAGAGCGUUUAGAGGAUCUAAAAUGCAAAAUUGAAAAAGAAAGCACUAAGCGGGAGCUAUUGUCCAGUCAAUCCCACCUCAACGAAACACUCUGUAUCCAUUGCCUGCAGCCCUUUAAGUUUCUAUUAAACAGCAAACGCCAGUGCUUGGACUGUCAGUUGUACAUAUGUAAAAGUUGCAGCCAGUACAACAAAAAGGACCAAGGUUGGAUGUGUGAUCCAUGCCGCCUAGUUAGGAUUGUCAAAACUGGAUCAUUGGAAUGGUAUUAUGAACAUGUCAGAACUCGUUUCAAGCAUUUUGGGAGUGCUAAGGUGAUGCGAUGUCUCUAUGGAAGGAUGUCUCAUGGACCGAAAACAAAUUCUACUUUGCUUGGUGUGCGUGGCAGAGUACAUAGUUUGCCAGAUGUCACCAGUGAUGAUCACUUGUACAGGAAUAAUGAGAGUGAGGAGGGGGAAACAAGUGAUGAUGUGGAUGGAGCAGAAUCUGAGUCUUAUGCCAGGAUGCGCAAGAAAAAGCGCCUACUUUCUGUACAUUCCUUUGAUUUUGAAACCGACUCAGAAUAUUCUUCCCAAUCUCGUCGUCAAUCUGUCCAGUUUUCUCCAUGUCUUGGGAAAGAAGACGUUCAGAUCACGGAAGAUUUUCCACAUGAUGAGGAAGUCUCCAUGCAGAAGGACUCCAUGGUAGCAGAAGCAGACUUGGCUGCAGUUUUCCAUCGUAUCUUACAAGAGCAAGGAAAGCACACGGCUCUUCCAGAACAGGAAUUCAGCACGGAAGUCCAGUUUAUAGGCAACUCACAUACCAAAAACCUGGAAACAAUCCCCAAGGCUGACAGUCCAUGGAAUGUGCAACUCCAGUACUCAGCUAAGGUGGAUACUUCUGAUGAAGACGAAAAGGCGGCUCAAGAAACUUUCAUCUAUCAACCACAGUACACAAAACACAGGAGCAGAGCUUCCUCACAAGAAAAUAUACUUGAACUGAACAAACGCAUCUCUGUUAUUGAAAGUAUGCUCAGCUGCCUUGAGGAAAAGAUCCUAGUUCAUUCUGAGAAGCCUCUAGCUAUUGAUUCCUACAAGGAUCAUAGCACAGAAGAGAAGGAACUGAAGAGAAAAUUAGAAGAAUUAACAAGUAGCAUAACUGAAAAAGCUGUUUCUACUGAUGAAGAAAAUGCAGGAAAGAAGACUGAAGAAUCCAAACCAGAAAUCGAUUCAUCCAAUGAUGACCUUCCUCCUGAUGCGAAGAAGGUGCCUACUAUGGAGAACAUCUAUAGAUUGCAGAAAAGACGAAGAGAGUUGGAGGACCAAACCCAUCACAGUGCAACAACAGAUUCAGAACUGGCAGAGUUGGAAGACAAAGUGGCUUUUUCUGUGGCUGAAGUACAACACAGAGAGACUGAGGUGUCUGAUAUAGAAUCUCGAAUCGCUGCACUGAGUGCUGCUGGGUUGAGAGUUAAACCAGUGGAAAGGCCUAAGGAAAAAAGAAGCAUCCAGGUCAUGUCUGUGCCCCAUGUGUUGAGGAAGAAAUUCAGUAUUUCCCAUGAAACUGCAAGCAAUGCUGAAUCCUUUGCUCGAAACUCCUAUUACAGAGGAUCACUGACCCAACGAAAUCCAAAUGGAAGAAACAGAAAAACAGAUGAGAUCUUUGCGGCAAGUAUUCAGAAUUUACUUCAUGGCUUUCCUCCCGACUGAAUAGAUGGAGAAGAUAAAUAGAGGAGUCCAUUACCUUUAAAAGCCAAAUUCCAAUAGAAGGCCACUGUUUUUGUAGGAGAAAGAUAUGUGGUAGUUUAUAAAGAAGAGGCUGUUAUUAAUAUGAAAACAUGUAAAUUAGACAGAAUCCAGAAUCAGACAAAUGGAAUAACAGCUGAUAGCAGUAUAGCAUGCUUUUGCA